AAGUGGAAGGGACCGGCGUUGCCAUGGCGGCGUCUUUCGGGCAGGUGCUGGCUCUGGUGCUUGUGGCCGCUCUGUGGGGCGGCACACAGCCGCUGCUCAGGCGGGCCUCCUCCCACCUGCAGCCGGUUCACGAGCGGACCUGGGUCCGGCAGUUGCUGCAGGAGAUGAAGACUCUCUUCCUGAAUAUCGAGUACCUGGUGCCCUUUUUCCUCAAUCAGUGUGGCUCCCUUCUCUACUACCUCACCUUGGCAUCAACAGAUCUGACCCUAGCUGUGCCCAUCAGUAACUCUCUGUCCAUCGUCUUCACACUGGUUGUCGGGAAGGUCCUUGGAGAAGAUAUUGGUGGAAAACGAACAUUAGCAGGCAUGGUGCUCACCACUGCCGGAAUUACACUCUGCGUCACAAGCUCAGUGAACAAGACCCAUGGACAACCAUCUGCCCUUUAAGUGGGCCAGCGCCACUCUCCAGCUCUGCCGUCUCCAGGAAGUCUGUUGGGCCACAGGGUGCAGCCAGUGAGCAGAUGGACUUAGCACUUCCCCACUCUGAGCCUCAGCUUCCUCCUCUCUUAUGGGGGUAAUAGCUACCUCGUGGAUCACAAUAAGAGAACAAGAAUGAAAGGGUUUUGUAACUUGCAAGAGCUGAUCUAUGGCUAGGACCUAGCACAAUGGACUUCACACUCACUCCCAGCAACCUUUCUGCUGCAGCAGCCCUCUCCCUGCGGUCACAUCAGGCCCCCAGCCCAGCCACUGUUACUCUGACCUGCUCUGGACUAUCACGGCAGCGGGGUCAGUGGGUGGCACAACCCCAGCUACAUGGAUGGGGCCAGCUCCAGUCUUUGAGCCAGAAAUGCAAACAGGAGGCCUCCAGGACCCAGUCAGAAACCUUGGCUGGCGGUGGGGGAAACUGAGGAGAGGAAGGUGCAUCAGAAUGGCAGAUGUAGGGAAGAGGGGCUGGCUGCCGGCCUUGCAUAUCCCACCCAUGGGGUGGGUGGCAAUCCCCAACAGCCCACCCCUCAAACAGAGAGACACCUGUGAGCCCCAGCACUGCCCAACUCCGGCAUUUUGCGUAAUGCCUGGCAAGUAGUAGCCUGUAAUAAAUCUGUAGUAAACAAA